AUGGCGAACGUGAUGAAAGUGCCUCAAGGACCCUCUUUGGUGGGGGUCCCUCAAGGCGGCCAAUUCGUCGGUGUCCAAGCCACGACGCAGGACGAUGUAGGGACAUUCAAUGGCGGGUCGUAUCGCAUCUCUCACCGCGACACGAAUUCCAUAUUGACGAUACAGUUGGCGAUGGGGUGUCCCAUUACAGCCAAACCGGGGGUGAUGAUCGCAAUGAGUCCCUCGGUCAUGUUGAAAGGGAAUAUAAAAUUCAGCAUGAAGAAAUUACUGAUUGGUGGAGAGAUGGCACAUUCGACGUUCACGGGCCCUGGGGAGAUUUUGCUCGCGCCCAGCACAUUGGGGGAUAUCUCCAUUCUGCGUCUGGCGGGGAACGAGACGUGGAGUGUCGGGCGCGAUGCGUUUCUGGCGUGCACGCAGGGAGUGGUGAGAGAAUAUAAGAGUCAGUCAAUCAGCAAGGCCAUGUUCUCCGGCGAGGGCCUAUUUGUCUACAAGAUCUCCGGUAUUGGCAUAUUGUGGAUGUCCACCUUUGGAGCGGUGCUGAGGAAAGAUCUCGUCGACGGCGAAAAGUACAUCAUCGACAACGGCCACCUCGUCGCCUGGAACUGCAAGUACGUCCUCGAACGCAUCGCCUCCGGGGGCAUCAUCUCCGGAAUCAGCUCGGGCGAAGGCUUGGUAUGUAAGUUCACAGGUCCUGGAUCGGUCUUCAUGCAGACACGAAAUACAGCUGCCUUUUCUGCGUUUAUGAGCGGGAACGCCCAUCGGGAGGUGUGA